AUGCCCAUGUAUAUACCCUUGGGCUCUGGGCAGUAUGGAAGGGUCUUCGAGGUGCGUCCGGCCGAGGGUUCAGAGUUGUCUACUGUGGCUGCGAGCGGUCGUCAAUUCGCAGCCAAACUCCUCUUCCUUCCUGAUUUCGAAGCAGAGGGCAUAACGGCCGACGUCAUUCGUGAAACCAACUUCUAUAAUGAAUUCAGUAUGUCCGAGUACGCUAACAACGAGUUCCCGAAUUUCCCAUCCUUUUUCGGUUGCCGGUCAUGCCUCGAAGUUUCUCCCGAGUUCGCUGAAGGUUACCUUGGGGGCGUCCGGCACUGCGGUGUCCUUAUCGUAGAGAAGUGCAAAUCUGAUUUCGGCCAGUACAUUAAACGUCUAUGGGCAGAACAGCGUAUGAAUAUUUCUGCGCUGAAAUUCUACGCUUGGCAGUUACUGAACGGAGUGGCCAAGCUUCACAGCCAAAAUGUCGUCCACCGUGACCUGAAGCCCGAAAAUCUGCUCGUGGACACCGCAAGGGUUCAAGAUGGGGAUUACCUGUACGAGGAAGGAGUGUCAAUUGUCAAAAUCGCUGACUUUGGAAUGGGGCGCAAGGUGCGCUGGGAGUUGAGCCAACAGUGCGCAGGGUCUGUCGCCCCCGUAAGCGUAUCCUACGAGAAGUCGGCUGGCACGGAAAACAACUCUCCGCAGUCUGGGUCAAACGGCAGCGGAGGUCGAACGACGAUUCCGCCAGGAUUCAGGAUCAACGAGACAGGCUGCAUGAGACAGACGGGGCACGUGAUUACGCUGCCUUACCGUCCACCGGAUCUGCUGGUUGCGGACCCAAAGAGAUACAACAGUGCCAAGAGUCUGGUAGCCGACUACGGCCUUUGGUGCGAUAUCUGGUCGUUAGGUGUGAUUAUUCUGGAGAUGUGCCUUCCGCAGCACGCGGUUCGCCCACCUUACCGGUGGCAGUAUGCUUUUGUCACGCACGAUGCACGAAAAGCGACGUAUCAGAUGGAGGUGAUGAUUUUGGAGAACAUCUUCAAAAUCACUGGCCGCCCUUCGGCCGCGGACCUGGAACUGGUGACAAGAGGUGCAGGCUGGCAGCGCGGCCUUUUAACGAAGUUCCUCAGCUCCUUCCCCCAGCUGGAUAUGAAUAUGAAAAAGCUGUCGAUCAAUGACUUCAUUUUGGACCGGGGCGGUUUGCAGUUGGACGAAUUGGGACUGGACCUGAUUGCCCGGCUGCUCCAAGUCUCUCCGACAAAGCGGCUAGCUGCGGAAUGUGCCUUGGCUCACCCCUGGUUCCACGAUCUGCCGUACCAACAGAUGAAUAGGCUCGGUCUUAUCUCUCAUCUUGCCGAGCUCGCGUCUCCAAAUGUCCGAGGAGCGCUGCCGAACUCGCUUCGACUCUGCAUAGCUUGGUGGGAGUCCACAGGCCGCUCAGUGGCGCACACUCAAUUCGCAAUGCAUGGGAUGCUCCAUCAAAUGCUUCUACAGCAGGAACAAGAACAUUUGAGAACACAGCAACAGUACAUGUGUGGGCAACUGCGUCGGGUUUGCUCUCGCGACGGCCGAGUCGCCGGCGAGCACGGGACGCCUCAGAAAGGUCAUCCGAAGACCAAGGCUGGAAUCCAAACAGAUCCGUUGUCACCGGCAUCUGACCAGCGUCAAAGAUCGGCCGCCUUGCGCAUCCAGACUUUGGAAGCACAACGCGGAGCGCGAACCGAUCCAGUUUUGAGUGGCCAGUCUUUUGAAAGUUGCGUGCAUGGCGCCCACCCUGGCGGUUUCCCUUUCGAGAAACCUAGCGGCGCCUUCCACGGGUCCCAGCACAUUGUCCACGCCCUACAUCAGCAGCAACAGAGGACGAUUCACCCGACAGGGGCGGAGAGUGAUGACGAAGUCAUUCGUAGUCCCCUUCGGCGGCGGAGCCAACCGCUGAAGGCAGCAUGCAGUUCGACGUCUUCACUUCCCCUGCCACUGUUAUCCACCCACUGCCCCCGAGGUGCGCCGUCAGUAGCUGCUCAGGGCAAGAGUUCCCGGUGUCGGACAAGCGAAGGGGCCAAGCUUCAGAUGGGGGCAGAUGCCACGAAAGAGACCAAGUCGCACCAAGCCACUCAGGACGCGAAGGAGCAAGAGAAUCUCACGUCUGAUGUAAACUCUCAAGAGGAGCGAUGGAAGAAGGAACGCGACUGCGAUCGCGUUCCGCCUCUGCUUCCUAACGCAGGCAAGGUCUUGCGCGAUGCCAAACGCGUACGGCCCAGCCACGAUCAGCCCUGCGCUGCUCGACAAACCCUUCAGAAGACUUCUUGA